AGCGCCAAAUAUAUAAUCGACUGUUUAUUACCCGAUUCUUGUGAUAAAACAUCCAUUAGUUUGGAGUGCAAUAUAUGGCUCUUCUAUUGUGUCAUUAAAUUAAUUGGCGUUCAAUGCAAUCAACUCAACACUAAAUAUGCCAUUAAAUACUUGCAUAUUUUGGGCUCACUUUCUGAGAGUUUAUUGAAAAUAACAAAUUCAAGAAUUACAUCAGAUAUAGAAUCAGAUGAAACUGAACCCAUGGAUACAAACAACACCGUAUCCAACAGUACAUUGGAUUCAUCUCUAGUCGAGCCAUUGAUCGCAAUGAUCAACGAACCAAUGCAUGUCAAUGUCAUCACAGGCCUCUCAAAUGCCGAUAAUCUCACCAACGAAUCAGAAAUAUUGAUAUCUUUAUCGUGUUUAUGCCAUUCCCUGUUGUCAGCGCAUCCAUUGGCUGUCAAUCAAUACCGUCUCUUAUAUACGCUGGCAUUCAAAGCAGAUUUUCUGCGAACUCUAUGGAAAUACAUCACUUCGGUGUCGACUCCAUCGGUGUUCGGGGCGCCGACGUCUCUGUUGUAUAUCCUGUCGCGUGGGCUCCCAUUGGCAGCAGUGCAGGGGUGGCACCAAAUUCUGCCUCAAUUGACACUAUUCUGCACUUUAUUCAGUUAUCUGUUCCCGACUUUAGAUGACGUGGAGUUCUAUCGUGACAUGGAUUCCAACUUCGAGGUGACGUCUACUCAUUUAUCUACCAUUCCUUUCACUCUCCAAGAGUUGGCUUCGAUGGGACUCACGCUGAGAGACGUGUGCAUUGGAUUAGUAGAGUUAGCAUACGAUGACACCCGACCCUCAAUGCGAAACGACUACCAAAACGCUCUCAAACCACUCAACCAAACCGACGAUCACAAGGACGUGACCCGUCAUUGGAUGAAACUAUUCAAGUCUUGUGUCAAACUCUUACGACAGUUGCACUCGAGAGACUCGAGAAGAGAGUUCUGUCCGCCCGAGCAUUGGAUCAGCAAACAGGUGACAAUUCCUGUCGAGAGACCGACAAACUUUAGAAUCGGAAUCGAAGGCAGACGAAGGUAUAGAGAAUUCAUGGGAAUCAGACACUUGUCCAGAGAGGAGCUCGAAGAACACGGACCGCCCCUUUCGACCACCGAAGUGAGGAAUGUAACCAUUUUGCAAGAAAUACCAUUUGUCGUCUCAUUCCUCGAUCGCUUCAAAAUAUUACAAACACUCAUAUCGAUCGAUAGGACACAACACAGGGGCGAAAGCCAUGUCUUCAAUGUGAUGGGACCUACCAUUCAAGUGGUCAUUAGACGCAACUAUAUAUACGAAGACGCGUUCGAGAAGUUGUCGCCAGAAAACGAGCCAAACCUUAAACAAGCGCUUAAAGUACAGUUGGUUUCAGCCAUUGGUUUGGAUGAAGUGGGUAUCGAUGGCGGCGGUAUAUUCAGAGAGUUCUUAUCAGAAGUGCUCAAAACUGCUUUCGACCCAAACCGAGGCUUCUUUGCGUCGACGAGUGAUAGUCUUCUCUAUCCGAACCCUUCGGUCACAUUAAUUGUCGAGAAUUAUGUCAAACACUUCUACUUUGUCGGCCGAAUGCUCGGGAAAGCCAUCUAUGAGAACAUGUUAGUCGAGUUGCCGUUCGCGGCCUUCUUUUUGGCCAAACUGUUGGCCCGACACUCGGCCUCAGACGUCGAGAUCCAUCACUUGGCAUCUCUCGACCCUUUAAUCUACAAAAAUCUGAUGUAUCUUAAGAGCUAUGAGGGAGACGUCGCUGAAUUGGGACUUGACUUCACUGUAAUUAACUCUGAUUUGGGGACCACUCAAGUGAUUGAAUUGAAGCCCAACGGCGCUAAAAUCCCGGUCACCGCUCAGAACCGCAUCGAAUACAUCCAUCUGAUGGCUGAUUACAGACUGAAUAAACAGAUCCGUUCGCAAUGCGCGGCAUUCAAGCAGGGCUUGGCUGAUGUGCUGGACUUGGAUUGGCUCCGUAUGUUCGACCCGAGAGAACUGCAAAUCCUAAUAUCGGGCGCUCCGACGCCUAUCGACAUCGAAGACCUGAGACGGAACACCAAUUAUGCCGGCGGUUAUAACAACGAACACAAAGUUAUCGUCGUUUUCUGGAAAGUUGUCCAACAAUUCGAUGAAAACCAAAGACGAAAAUUACUUAAAUUUGUCACCAGUUGUUCUCGACCGCCACUAUUGGGCUUCAAAGACUUGGUGCCCGUCUUUUGUAUACAGAAUGCCGGCCGAGAGGCCAACCGUUUGCCGACGGCGUCCACUUGUAUGAACCUUUUGAAGUUACCAGAGAUUGAAGACUUGGCAACAAUGAAACAAAAGCUCAAAUACGCCGUCGAUUCGGGCGCCGGCUUUGAACUCAGCUAAUGAUUGAAUGAUUUUAUUUUUUAAUAUAAACAUUUAAUAAACACUAAAUUUUCACUCAA